AUGAGGCUUGAAGAGUUGAAGCUUAAUCUGAAUUCUUUGAACAAUCGCAACCACAAGGUCUGUGCAAAACCCAAUUCCGCCCGUUCUUUCAAACGUCCACGUUCCUCCGCUUACGAUUCCGAUUCCGAUUCCGUUCUUUCAAACGCAACCACACCAUCCGAUGAGAUUAAUCUGUCACCACGAAGGGCUGCUCGGGUUGCAAUGCUGAAGGCACGGUUUGCAGGUACCAUCUUCAAAGCCAAACAAGAGGUUCUUUACAGUGGCUCUAAUGGUCUUGAAAACACCGAAGAUGAGAUCAAGAAGUUUAGGGCUGCCGAGAUGAUGAAAGCCAAUGAUUACAUCAAGGAGCAACGGCAACGAGAUAGAGAAGCUGCUCGGCUUGCCCUCGAAGAGAUGGAGAGAAAUGUUGUCAUUGAUGAUAACUUCAAAACGAUGAGGGACUUUGAGAUGUUAAUUUCUGGCGCCAAUUGCUAG